UUGUUCGAGAAGCUUCAUGAUGCUCGUAUCAAAGAAGGGCUUGGCGACAAUCCAUGGGCUCCAUUUGAGUGCGAAGAUGAAUGGAAGCUCGCACGCUUCCUGUUGAUGAGCGGAAUGAGUCACGGAGACAUUGACAAGUAUUUGAAGCUGAAUAUUACUCGCUCUCGCACUUCGCUCUCGUUCACGAACAAACGCCAGUUCUUGAAGAAAAUUGACCAGCUUCCCCGAGGGCCAAAGUGGGAGUGUGAGCUUUGGGAAGUGGAGGGCGACUUGUUAGAUGCGAACGGGCAAAAGCAGAAGGAGGUGAUGGAGCUUUGGCAAAGGGACCCUGUUGAAUGUAUCAAGGACCUUCUCAGCAAUCCAGCAUUCAACCACUGUGUCGAAUACGAACCAAAACGGCUAUUUGAAGAUGCGUACGCUGAGAAGCCUAUUAUAAGUGAAAUGUGGACAGCCAAAUGGUGGGAAGAUCCAAGGGCUACAGUUGCCCCUGUCAUUCUUGCCUCCGAUAAGACACAGCUGUCGACGUUCAGUGGAGACAAGUCAGCCUGGCCUGUCUACCUCAGUAUCGGGAACAUUGCAAAGGCAGUACGCCGCUCAUCGUCUGCUCAUGCCACCGUUCUUAUCGGCUAUCUUCCCGUGACUAAACUCGAGUGCUUUUCGGAGGAGCAGCGCGCUCAAAAGCGAUAUCAACUCUUCCACAAAUGUAUGCGCUCGCUACUUGCACCACUUGUGGAAGCCGGGUGCAAGGGUGUCGAUGUUGAAUGCGGCGAUGGAUUUGUUCGCAAAGUAUUCCCUAUUCUGGCAGCAUACAUUGCGGACCAUCCAGAGCAAUGUCUCAUCGCUUGCUGCCAGGAGAACUUUUGCCCACAGUGUCUCGUAGACCCAAAGAGGCGCGGAGAACCGGUUCAGUCCACCUGUUGCAAUAUGUCAGCUUCGUUGUCUAUGAUCCGAAAGGCAUUAAACGGUGACAAACCUGCUGAAUUCAAGACUUCAGGCCUUUGUCCCGUUCUUCCCUUGUGGGCGGACUUGCCCCACUGCGGCAUCUUCACUUGCUUCACUCCGGACAUCCUCCACCAACUACACAAGGGCAUGUUUAAAGAUCACACGGUGAAAUGGGCAACCGAAUGCGUUGAGGGCGGAGAAGACGAAGUCGACCGGCGGUUUCGGACGAUGUCCCCACAUGGUGAUCUGCGCUACUUCAAGAAGGGAAUCUCGCUGAUCUCACAGUGGACCGGAAACGAAUACAAGCACAUGGAAAAGGUUUUCGUUGGUGUGCUUGCAGGUUCUGUCGAAGACGAAAGGGUUCUUCUUGCGGUUCGUGCGCUGCUUGACUUCAUUUACUAUGCGCACUUUGAGGUUCACACGAGUGAAUCACUUGCACAUCUCAAAACAGCUUGGCGUACCUUCCACCACAACAAGCAAGUCUUCCUCGAUCUCGGUGUCCGCAAAAACUUCAACUUCGCGAAGCUACACUCGUUGGGCCACUAUCUCCCUGCGAUCUUCUGCCUUGGCUCUGCUGAUGGCUAUAACACAGAGGGCCCUGAACGAUUGCACAUCGACUUCGCCAAGCUUGGAUAUCGCGCAAGCAACAGGAAGCGGUACAUUCAACAGAUGACUAGGUGGUUGGAGCGCCGUGAAGCUGCCAGCCGUUUUGAAGCUUAUCUUGAGUGGCGUAAGGUGCUACCAGUGCAGGAAGAACUGGUGGACGAGGAUGAGGAU